AUGCACCCCCCCACCCUCCUCACCACCACCAUCACCAUAUUAGGUGUCCUCGCAACCGCAGCCCCCAACCUCACCAAACGCGAUGCCACCAGCGUCAUCUCCGCCGUAACCACCAUCUCCACCCAACUCAUCACCCUCAACACCACCGUGAGCAACUACCCGGGCGGCAUCGAAGGAACCCUCUCUGCGCUGCAAAUCCAAGCAGAAACGAUCCAACUCGAAGUCGAUCUCAAAUCCGCUAUUAUAGCAACUCGCCAAUCGGCCAAUUUCACCGACGCUGAGUCACAGAAGGUAGCGCAGGCAUUUAUUACCCUGGAGCCGCAGAUCGCAUCCACGCUGGGGAAUAUCGUCUCCAAGAAACCUGAUUUCGAUGAUGGGUUGUUGGGGAUUGCGUCGUUGAGUUUCCUGGUCAAGUUUGAUCUUCAGGAGUUGAGCUCUUUGUCCAAGUCGUUGGGGACGGCGGUGCAGGCCAAGUUGUCGGGCACGUAUGCCCAGUUGGCGCCGUUGGUGUUGGAUGAGAUUGCUAAGGCGUUUCGGGAGGCUAUUGCCGCUUAUUAGGGGGUUCUUUGGGGAUGUUGGUUGUAGGGUAGAGGUAUGAUAGUGUCAAGUCAUGUAUGUCAUGUCGAG